AAAGAGAUUCCAAUUCAUUUUCGCCCUUCACCAGCUAGCAGUCCAGCUCCUGCAGUAGCUCUCAUGGCUUCCUCAAGCUCAGCAGGCAAUGCAGCUCAAAACCCUAGAAAAUCGUUAGGUUUAGUCGCAAAUGCAAUGAAACGCAAAGACAGCUUCAUCCAGCUCUUUGCGAUGACUGGGAUUUUUCUCUUGAGCAUCAGAUCCCUAGGCCAAAAGUACCAAAUCCACGACCUCCAGGAAGACACUAUAGCUCUUAAAGAAGAGCAAAAAAACCUAACCGAUCGCAUGAAGAAUAUAAAGCGCAGCCUCCUUCACGAAGCCUCUCUUGAUUCCUCUGGUCUCUUCGCUUCUCGCCUUCGCCUUCUCUUCGGCGAGGACCAUUGAAUGGAAAUUCGUGGUCUAUUUUGCCUAAAUCUCAUACUAACUGUCUAGCAGCAUAGAAAAAGCAAUCCAAAUAAGAUUAGCAAGGACCAGGAGAGUGGGCACCCUUGUCCUUUCGCGUCGGGUUAAAGGAUAAUGGUAAAGGUGUCAUCUUGAAAACGUGGGUUGAUAUGUCGGGUCCUGUUAUUCAAAACCAAAAGAGCGAGGCCAAUAAUUGCUGUUGGGAACCAUUCAAUAGUCAUUGCGCGUCUCAAAUCUUGCUUGAAUAAAGGUGUAGUCUCGUUGAGAGUUGAUGUAGAAAAAUUCAAUCCCUCUAUUACGGGAGAUUUGAACUUCAACGUGCUUUGUUCUUACAAGAGAAUUCCUAGCAGAAUCAUCUAGAAAUGUUAAUUCUUGAAGAUGAAAGCUAAUAGAACGGUGUUGAAUUUUCAAUUCAGCAUGCUGCCGUUGGUGCGUAAAGUCAGUAAAGAUGUCAUUUGGCCAUCAA